AGGCCUCCGGACAUUUGCUAUGAUUCACAUUAUGUUGGUUCAUCGUUCGGGAUGGCAGAGAGGUUUCCCAAAUGUCAAUAGCAAUGUGUUUGAUGUCGACGGAAAGUGGCAACGGUCAAUAUUUUCUGCUAUUGCUAACGUCGAUCAUGCAAUAGCCGUCGACACAUUUUUUGUUAUUGGUGGUUUGUUGAUUUCUCAAUCAAUUUUAAACAGCAUGGAAAAAAAAUGUUUCAAUAUUCCAAAAAUGUAUUUGCAUCGAUAUUUAAGAACGACUCCCGUUCUAGCUUUAUUGAUUUUAAUCAUACUUUCAAUCUUAAAGUUUCUCGGUAAUGGUCCGUACUUUGACUACUUCAUAAACAUCGCUUUUGUGAAAAGUUGCGAGAAAAACUGGUGGGCAGCCUUACUGCAUAUUCAGAACUACUACGAUCCACUCGGAGCUUGUUUGCAAGCUUCGUGGUAUCUUUCAGUUGAUUUUCAACUUGUUCUCCUUUCACCCCUCCUUCUAUAUCCGAUUUAUAAAUGGGGGUGGAAAUUUCUUUGGUUGCUUCCAACCUACGUUGUAGCGAUUGAAGUUUGGGCUUUUGUUGUCUCAUUUAAAAACAAAUACAAAGCAGCGCGACUUUUGAUGCCACCGGAGGUUGGACAGACAUUUGGUGUUGACUUUUAUUUUCCCACACAUAUUCGAAUGGGACCGUGGCUUAUUGGAGUCAUGAUGGGCUACAUUUUCUACUCAACAAAACAUAAAAAAGUUAUAAUCAACAAGUAUUUAAAUAUAGCAAUGUGGCUUCUUUCAAUUGGAACAAUGACUGCAAUUCUAGUUGGUAUGCUGCCAUUGCAAAAUGCUAAAUACCCUGCUAACCAGUUUGCAAAUUCACUUUGGAUUGCUUUUACUCGUAACAAUUGGGGAUAUUCCAUUGCUUGGAUAAUUUUUGCAUGUCAGAAUGGAUCUGGGGGAGUCAUAAAAUGGUUUUUGGAACAUCCAUUGUGGCAACCUCUGGGAAGAAUGUCAUUGAGUUUCUACUUAGUGCAUAGCAUUUAUCAAAUAAUUUCCAUUGGGUCAGGAAAAGUUCCACAAUAUUUCAGUACAACAAACGUGGUAAGGCAAUGACUUCAAAAUUCUGCUGGGGAUUUCAUCGUCACGCUUUUCCUCGCAACAUUUCUUUAUUUGACGUUAGAACAACCAAUUUUAAUAAUUGAAAAUUAUAUUUACAAUGUCAUUAGAAAGAAACUUGAAACGAAUUCGAAUCGCAUUAGAAAUUAAAGAUGUUAAUUAAUUACAAUAAAUUUCA